GACAACCAGAGGGUUGUAAAUUUUCUAAUAAUGUGCUAUUCUCCACCUAGGUGGAAUAUAAGUAUGCACCGUGAGACGAUUUGAUUGGUUCGGGAAAGCCGAAAUGAUCACGUGACCUGUGCGACCGAAAAGGGACCCGGCGCUUUAGAAGACAAGACUGAAGUCUCAUCGUGUGGGAAACGUGUCUCUGAGUCUGAGUCAGUUUCUCUGGAAAUUCACAUCGUGCUCUUUUCCGCGUUGCAGUCCACACAGAGCAUUCGCGUGUAUGCUUUAUUUGGAUUAGGUCAUGCGAUGGAUGCACUUGUGGAUCUUGUGAGGAACCGGGCUGCAGUAUGAGCAGGAUUGUUAUGGGAAUAAUGUGAUGGAUCUGUAUUUAUGGAGACCCUGAACCCGCUUGGAAUGAGUCAGCUGCGGGACUCGACAUCACACCCUGCCAUGGUUACGCACACGCAUUUUGGACACGCUGCUGCUCCACGGGCUUCUGGGGGUCAUUUUGCUUCCUCUCACCCCACUAUAAAGAAGUAAAGCACCGACCUGUGUGUUCUGAGAAUCCGUCCACCGUUCUCCAACUUACUCGGCGACGAUGAUGAAUGAAGAUCCUCCUCCUCUGCCUUACAUUGGGAUGGAAGUAGUGAUCGCUCUCGCCUCCGUCUUAGGGAACGUGAUGGUGGUUUGGGCGGUGAAGAUAAACCGCUCGUUACGGGACACCACUUUUUACUUCGUGGUCAGCUUGGCUCUGGCAGACAUCGCAGUCGGGGCUCUUGUCAUUCCCUUGGCCAUAACGAUCAGCUACGGACUGAAGACGCACUUUUACAGCUGUCUGAUGGUCGCCUGCAUUAUGCUCGUUCUCACUCAGAGCUCCAUCCUUGCUCUCCUCGCCAUCGCUAUUGACCGCUACCUGAGGGUCAAGAUCCCGCUCAGCUACAAGCAAGUAGUGACGCCGAAACGAGCUGGGACAGCGGUGAUAGCAUGCUGGCUGGUGGCCCUCAUCGUUGGCUUAACUCCCAUGUUAGGCUGGAACAACCUGGAGAAACUCAACCAAACCAACAACUCUCAGGGACCCAACCCCACUGUCACCUGUAAGUUUGAGAAAGUUGUCAGCAUGGAGUAUAUGGUCUACUUCAACUUUUUUGGCUGGGUGCUGCCCCCUCUUGUCCUCAUGCUUGUCAUAUACUUUGAGAUUUUCUACAUGAUCCACAAGCAGCUCAAUAAGAAGAUCAAUAAGGGGGCCAGCCAAGCUGAUCCCAGCCGUUAUUAUGGAAAAGAACUCAGACUGGCCAAAUCUCUAGCUCUGGUGCUUUUUUUCUUUGCCAUUAGCUGGUUACCGCUGCACAUCCUGAACUGCAUAACUCUAUUUUGCCCCAAUUCUAAAACUAACAUCAUUAUCUAUGUGGCUAUCUUGCUUAGUCAUGGCAACUCAGCCGUCAACCCGGUCAUAUAUGCCUUCCGCAUCAAGAAAUUCCGUACUGCCUUCAUCAAGAUCUGGGAGCAGUAUGUGUGCUGCAAGAAAGUGAACCAUUUGGCUGGUAAAGCCGCCCGACGAAGGGAGAGUCUGGAGAAGAAGAUGCGACGAAAUAAUCGCAUUUGACUAAGCUAGAACAUCGCACAUAACUGCAUUAACAUUUAACAUCCAGGUCUGAGAUCCUGUGAUGUCUUUACUCAUAUUUCCUCUUAUGAGGACAUUGAUGAAGAUGAAGCAGCAUUCUGUCUGAAAGUGUGAUGGAAAUAUUCACAAAAAAGUGCCAUGCUCCAUCUGCAGAGGUCCAUUAAUUAUGACAGCUGCUUGUGUUAGUGGAAAAGCUACAUGGUGUAUAGCACUGGCAUCUGCUGAUCGUGUUUGUCUAUGAUUUCCCCAGUUUUAAAUGAGAUUUGCAGGCUUUAUAACAUCACAUUUAAAGUGCUUAUAGCCACAUCAGGCCUUGCGCAGACCAGGCAAUGGCCCUGUCUUUAAUCUUCUUCAAAGUGAAUGGCACUGCAGCAUUAAUAGUGAAGGGGAAGAAUGUACAUGUAUGAUUUUGGAUGAGGAAGGGCAAAUUUACGUUGAUAAAAUGCAAAUCAAGUCAUAACUCCUUUGCUGUCAAGAAUAAGACUUCAGUAAUAUUUUACCAUUUUGAUUUUAUUGUUUUUACAAGUUUAACCUACUUCACUUGUGUUACAGUUGUGUCUAAAGUAACCACCAGAAGAUUACUGUGAGCUUUUGAAAUAUGAUGAUCUCUUCAAGGUAUGCUUAUGCUCAUAAUAGUGCUUAAGUGUAGACCAUCCACAAAAGGUUUGUUAUCUACAAUACUUUGAGCAAAAGAACAUAAAAUAAGUGUUCCAUAACAGGCAAGACAUAAUCAUGAAUUAUUCCGGUUUGAAACAUACUAAUAAAGUCCUGAUAGUGUUUUUAGUGAUACCUCUGACACUGUGAUGCUUAACCUCCAAGGAUCAUCUCCUUGCAACACUUCUGUAUUUCUUUCCUAUGAUAUCAAAUGAUAUUUGCUAUCACAGAAAAUGUUUUUCAGUUAACACAUCUUUCUGAGCUGCUUCUUGAGAAACAACAUUAAUUCUGCUACAUACUCUCCAAGUAGAAUUAAUCUAAUCAUAUCUGUAGUUAUAACAAAAUCCCCCCUUAAACAUCUGUGUACAUACGUGUCAAGAUGAUUAUCUUAAAAUGCAGCACUGCUGAGAAAGCCACAGCUAUUUUAAGAUAGCUGAUCGGAAGAGACCGUGACAACCAUUUGUGCAAACUGCUGAUGUUCAUAUAAUGUUCCUUUCCUCUGAUGGCAACAGUUUUGGUUUUUGGUUUUGCAUUGUACAUAGGGUGAGGUCAGAGUUUUGGCAGGUCCUCAACUCUGCAAGUGUAUAGAAUAAUCACCUCUUUAAAUUUUGCUUUUCUGUUAUACACCCAGUUUCUUUUUAGCCCUCAGUGCUGUGUCUGGGCAGAUGUUUUUUUUUUUGUUUUUUUUUUUUGUUUUUUUUGUUUUUAAUUCAUAUGGGUCAAGGUUAUGCCCAGAUAACACUUUGUCUUGUGACUUCAACGCAUUCUUAAAGUUAAAUCAUAUUAAUAUGAUUAAUAAAUGUUCCAUAUAAUUAUC